AGGAAUCUGAUCUGGCUGUCAGUGCAAACCGUGGGAAACUGUAAAGUUAGAGCCACUAACAUAACGCACAAAGAUACCCAAAAGCUAACCAAACCUCUCUGUCUUGGAACCCACACUUUCACUUGAGCAAAGCUGAGUUGAGUUGAGUAUCAAUUCCCAUAAUUUUCAAUCAAGCAUUUUGGUUUUUGAGCUUAAAGAUCUGUGCUUUGGUCAUGGAGAGCUCGGAGAAAGUGGUUGCUGUGAUUAUGGUGGGUGGACCCACUAAAGGAACCAGAUUUCGGCCUCUUUCCUUUAAUACUCCUAAACCCCUUUUCCCUUUGGCUGGCCAGCCAAUGGUUCAUCAUCCUAUUUCUGCUUGUAAAAAGAUACCCAAUUUGGCUCAAAUAUAUCUUCUUGGGUUCUAUGAGGAGCGAGAAUUCGCUCUAUAUGUCUCUUCAAUUUCAAAUGAGCUGAAAUUACCAGUAAGAUACUUGAAGGAGGAUAAACCACAUGGUUCAGCAGGUGGUCUUUACUACUUCAGAGAUAUUAUCAUGGAAGACAACCCAUCGCAUAUCUUUCUGCUAAAUUGUGAUGUUUGCUGUAGUUUUCCGCUACCAUCCUUGCUUGAUGCCCAUAAAAGAUAUGGUGGGAUGGGGACAAUGUUGGUUAUCAAGGUUUCAGCUGAAUCUGCUAGCCAGUUCGGUGAGUUGAUUGCUGAUCCAACCACUAAUGAAUUGCUGCAUUAUACUGAGAAACCUGAGACAUUUGUUAGUGAUUUGAUAAAUUGCGGUGUCUACAUUUUCACACCUGAUAUUUUUUCUGCCAUCCAAGAUGUAUCUAUGAACCGAGAAGGCAGAGCUAAUCUACGUCGUCUCUCCAGCUUUGAAGCACUCCAAUCAGCCACAAGGACUCUUCCUGUAGAUUUUGUAAGACUGGAUCAAGAUAUAUUAUCACCUCUAGCUGGAAAGAAGCAACUGUAUACAUAUGAGACAAUGGAUUUCUGGGAGCAAAUUAAAACUCCAGGAAUAUCUUUGAAAUGCUCGGAGUUGUAUCUUGCUCAGUUCCGAAAUACUUCACCCAAUCUUUUGGCCAGUGGAGAUGGUAAAAGAAAUGCCAAAGUUGUUGGUGAUGUAUUUAUCCACCCAUCUGCUAAAGUUCAUCCAUCUGCAAAGAUUGGUCCAAAUGUUUCUAUCUCAGCAAAUGUUCGUGUCAGUGCUGGCGUCAGGUUAAUCAGUUGUAUCAUCUUGGAUGAUGUUGAAAUUAAGGAAAAUGCUGUAGUUAUAAAUUCUAUUGUUGGAUGGAAGUCAUCAAUGGGAAGAUGGUCACGGGUUCAGGCUGAUGGUGACUACAAUGCAAAGCUUGGCACAACCAUCCUAGGAGAAGCUGUGACAGUUGAAGAUGAGGUGGUGGUGAUCAACAGCAUUGUUCUUCCCCAUAAGACUCUUAAUGUCAGUGUGCAAGAAGAAAUCAUAUUAUAAUCCUAAGAAGUGAGUUUUACUAGUUACUCAUCAAAAGGAGAGGCUUGAAGCACAUUGGUUUUCUCAUUUCUAUCUCGAAUUUGUUUCAUCUAGGAGUGUGAUAAAUUAAAGUUCAGUUCCAGGAACAAGGAAAUAUUCACUUUAAAUACCUACUCAUGCAAGAAGUGCCUGGAAUUUUUGGCUUAUAUAUGGACAUUUCAAUAUGUAUUUUU